CUUCAUGCUAUAAGGAAGUAGAAGUCCACUGGUAAAACUGUAGCUUCAUGUUGGAACCAUUGCCGGUACAGUUACAAUGCAGUUUAUAACCAAACUGUAUUAGUAUAGUUAUAAUCAUCUGAAAGUCUUAAGAAGACAGACAUAAAUUAAUAACAGAACGGAAGAUAUAUACAUCACUUCUUAAUUCAUUGGUCUGCAAGAACUAUAAAUAUGAGCUAUAAUAUCUCGUUGUGGAGUAUAGUCCUCUUGAUGUACAUGUCGGAAACGCCUACUUGUGUGGUGAGAGGACAGCCCAUUAGUUCUGUACCUGGAAUGAAUGUAUCUCUGCCUUGUAUGGCUGUGAAUGACCAAAAAACUAUUAAAUGGUGGGGUCAUAAUGGUUACAUAAGUUCUGGAAAAGAUUUUCUUGAAAUAUUCAACACACUGAAGGAAUACUGUGCAAUUGGUACAGGUAACGACUACAGUUUAUUCAUUAUGAUACCUGAUGACAAAAAUAUCUGGCCAUAUCUUGCAGAAACCUAUGAAUGUAGGUUAGUGCCAGGAAAUGAUGAAGAUGUCACGACUAUUGAAAGUUAUGAGCUACAAAUCUACCAGCCAGAAUGCACAAUCUACCAUAUUAAUAGUAGCAUAGCAGUUGCUUCAUGUUCCUAUCAAAAUAUUCCAGAGUUUCAAGUAAAAUUGCUUAUUGACAAUAGUGACAAUCCAGAGAUGAACCACUGCACAUCUGAUACCUGUACACUGAAUUACACAUACAGCCCAAGUGAAGUUAUUGCACAAGAUCUUGUGUGUAGUGUCACAAUAUCUGAGAAAGAAUUGUCAAGAACAAUAUGUUCAAUGCAGAACUACAUUACAAAAUUACCACAAGAAACCACUGAAGAAUCGCUAACCUCAGCCUCAUCUCCAAUCUCAUCUUCCCCAACCUCAACCUCCCCAACCUUGAACCUUGCCACAGAAAAUUCACUAACCAGUUCCACAAAGUCAACCACCAACAAAAGUGCUUUUCCUUUAAAGACAAUCAUUAUAAACACAAAAACCACCCCAACCAUCAUGAUAUCUACAGUCACUACAAACAUACAAAACACCUCAACAAUCAUGACUACAACAGUCCUAGAAAGAAUUGCCAUCUCUUCAACCACGUCAACUACAACAGGAGGCAUUGCAAUAUAUUUAAUAGUCAUAUUGUCCGGAGCUGCUGUAAUAAUAAUGUUUCUAAUUAUUUUACUAUAUUUUGUAAGAAGAAGCUUCAAAGUUAAACAAAAUUCUUCAAGAAAAUCACAAUCAGCUGAUAAAAAUGUAUACCUUGAAAAUGACGAAAAGAAAAACACACAAAAAAUUAGCAUGAUGGAAAGACAUACAGCACAAAAACAUAACAUCAAUUUUGAACAAUCUUCUGUGGAUAGUGAGAUGGAAGAUAAUUGCAUCUACCAAUCAGCAGACACCAAUGCUGAUGAACAGAAUAGAAAUAUUGAAGGAGAUAAUGUUGCCAUGAGAUUAAGCCGCAAGGCUAACACAGGGCAAACGGACAAAGCUUAUGUAGAAAUUAAUGAAAUAAUAGAUAAAAAAAGUAGGAAUAAGAAAAGUGACAGGCUUACUACAUUGCAGACACAGAACAAGGUUGAAACAUCUGAUGAUUUGGGGUAUAUAGAAAAUGAAAACGAGGCUUACCAAUCACUUGAUGAGGUCAAUGAAAGAACAAGGAAUGCCGGCAUAAUCCAGGAAGGAUCGGGAGGAACACAAGCUACUGAGCAAAAUGAUGUUCACUAUGAUGUGCUUGAAAGAGAUGCAUAAAUUUAAUUUUAUAAAGGUUUUACCAUGCAGUUUAUAAGUGAAUCAUAGAUUAAAAUAAAGGAUAUAUUCAUUUGCAAGACAUAAGAAAAGACAGAUAAUAGUAGAAGAAAAGACAAUACAUCUUUCAAGAGAAUUACAUAAUUUGAUUGAUCUGCAAAAACUUUAAAUAUGAGUUAUAAUAACCAUUUGUGGAGUAUGGUUCUCUUGUUGUACACAUCUACAUAUAUGGUGAGAGGAUUGACCAUCGAUGUCGUACCUGGACAGAAUGUAUCUCUGCCUUGUAUGGUUGACCAGAUGAAUGACCAACAUACAGUUAAGUGGUGGGGUCAUAAUAAAUACAUCAGUUCAGGAAAACAAAUGCUUGAAGGAUCGCUUAGGUCUAUGAGGGUAUUCUUUUCUAUAACUGGAACAGAUGCAGACUACACUUUGUUCAUUAUGAUACCUGAUUAUGACCUCAAUCUCUGGCUACUUCUUGCAGCAAACUAUGAAUGCAGGUUAGUGUCAAAGAAUGAUGACAAUGUUUUCCAGGAAUUACAAAUUUAUAAACUGCAAGUCUACCAGCCAAAAUGUACAAUCUUUCAAAUUAAUGGCAGCACAUCAGUUGCUUCUUGUUCCUAUCAAAAUGUUCAAGAGUAUCAAGUAAUAUGGCGAAUUGAUCGCAAGAGUGUUCACAGAGCAGGAGAUUGCAUACCGGUAUCUGAUAUUUGUACAAUGACUUACACAUACAACUCAGCAGAAGUCAAUCCACAGGAUCUUGAAUGUUUACUCAAUUUACCUGGGGUAGGAUGGAUACUACAAUGUUCUAUGAUGCAGGCACAUAGUACAAUAUUACCACAAAGAACUGAGGUAUCCCCACAAUCAAAUUCCACUACCAAAUACAUUGAUGCAGAAAAUUCACAAGUCACCAUGAUUCAAACAAGCCCAGAAGUCCAAACAAGCCCAGAAGGCACUGAAAUCUCUUCAAAAAUAGCAACAGCAGCAGCAAAAGAAGACAAGGAAACACCAUUAAUAGUCAUAAUCCCAGUAGCAGCUUCAAUAAUACUAUUUCUGGUAAUCGUAAUUUUAUAUUUUGUAAGAAGGAAUAUCAAAUUGAAACAAAAUUCUGCAAUGAAAUCACCACCGACAAAUGAAAAUGAAUACUUUGAGACUGACCAAAUAGAACACACAUAAAAAAGUAGCAUGAUGGAAAGACAUCAAUUUUAAGCAGUCCUCGGAAGAUAGUGUUAUGAAAGAAAAUUACAUCUACCAAUCAGCAGACACCAAUACUUAUGAACUGACACCAACUAUUAAUAAUGUUACCAUGCCCCACAAAGAUAAAAUACAGCCUGAUGAAGCAAACAAGGCCUACAAAGUAAUUGAUGAUUUUGUCGAUGAUAUAAAUAUGAAUAAAAAAAUGACAGGCCUGCUACAUCGCAGACAUGCAACAAGGUUGAAACAUCUGAUGAUUUGGGGUAUAUAGAAAAUGAGAAUGAGACUCACCAAUCACUUGAUAAGGUCAAUGAAGGAACAUGGAAUGCUAGAAAUCCAAAAUGGAUCAAGAAAAAUAGCAGCCAUUGAUGAAAUUUAAUGUGAAGCAGGCAUGUGCGUACAAUGCAGUACUUGAAAGAUAAUAUAACAGACUUAUAUAUUAAGACUCACAACUAUAUGCAAACCCUUCGUUUUUGGCUCAACUUGCAUUCUUUAAAAAUACAAGCCCAAAAAUCUCUUGAUUCUUCCACUGCAUUCUUAAAAAAUACAAGCCAAAAAAUAUCUUGCUUUAGACAGGAUUAUAGAAGAAGAAAAAAAACAAAACUAAACCAAACAAAACAUAACAUAUAUCGUUUUAUUUUUAACAAAUACACCAACAAUGUUGAUAUGCCUUUCACUUGCAAUUACAAUAUUGCCAACAGGGGCAUUUUUAGGGGGGGGGGGCGGCCAGGCGCCGGCCCCCCCCUUUUGGUAUUUUAGUUGGUAGAGGUCACUACAUAAACAUGGUGGCACCUGUACUACAGCAUGGGUCAAAUAUAGAGUACAGGGUUCAGUUAGAAUCCAAAUGGUGCAUUUUAGUAUUCAAAACUGUUAUUUUAUGAUAUCAAAUUACUUGUAAACAUAGUUGUUUGUGCCUAUCAUUUAAGUGAAUAAAUUUGUACAAAGUCAAAAAUAAUUAAUUUUGUAUCUCCGACAAUUAAUUUCCAUGAUGGCGGACAUAAGCAAUUACAUUUCAAUCUCUGUCCUAUUUCCAAAUUUGGGAUAUGCCAAUUAGCUUAAACUUCCAUUUGUAUUCCUUUACCUAUUUGACUAUAAAGUGACAUUUAAAUAAAACAACGAUUUUAAUAUAAAAAACAAUAAUAGCUGAUUCACUGUGUUUUACAUAUUAGCCUUUGGUAGAAUUUUGGAAAUUGUAGAUGAAAUAUUCAAAGAUUUUUUUUUUGUAUAAUGAUACCACAUACUUCCUUGUAAGAAUGUUCAACAAAUGUUAAUUAGAAAUAGUUCAUACUGUAAAUAUUGAACACUGAAAAUUAUGUAUAUUCUUUCAUUUCAAUAUAAAUUAUGUUUCUGAUUCGCACAAGACAAAAUGUCACAUGGAAGAUGUAAAAAUUGAGCAAGCAUUGCCUGCUACGUUGUGUAUGUGUGCAGGCGCAUUUGUGUAAAAUUAGCAUAUGUCUAGCGUGAAGCGGGCAACACCACAUAAAUCGGUGUGUAUGCUCAUAGCGAGCAUCUUAUCUUGCACUGUAUGAUUUUGCACAAUGUUACUGCCUGUCAACUAAUAAUACAGACUUUUAACAAGGUUACAAUUUAAUCAUGUGAAAAUGACGGUGAAUUCAACAGCCUAUAGUAUUUAUCUAGCACAUCACAUGUAACAUUUUAUCUCAUGUAAUUAAAACAUAAUUUAUCAUGAAAAGUGUGCUACGUAUUAUGUGGUAAUAAAUAGUAAUACUGGUGUGUAAAAUGUUUGAUGUCUCAAAUUGCUUAUAAAAUGAAUAAAUACAGUUUUUUAAAAGCACUGUAUUCUGAAUUUUAUUUAAUAUUGCUUCAUAAACUACUGUGGUUAUCAUCUUGA